AGGAGGGUGGGAAUGUCCUGGGAAAUCCACCUAUUACCAUUUCCUGCCUGCCCAAAGCAAAGCAGCUUCUGUUUGAUGCUUAGGAGUCUGAAAAGGAACUGGAUGAAAAAGAUCAUGACAGAGUUCAAAGAGAAGAACUUUCUUCAGGAAGGCCAUGAUCCAAGAGAAAUGCAAGAGGCUUCUCCACGAAUACCACCUAAAGAUAUUUUCUUCCAAAAUACAGCUGAUGAAAGGUUCUCUGUUUCAACUAGAGAUCCAUGGGACACAGCUAAUGAAAACGAAACUCAUCAGGUAUUGGAGGAAAGUGACACAAACCUAGAAGUGAAAGGAAAUCAUGAUGUCCCAGAAAACCAGGAGGGAAACCAGCUGGAUAAAGGAAACAAUAAAUCUAUUGUUUAUCACAAAGGUAACUACCAUGAAGCUGUACAGGAAGGAAAGAGAAGGAUUGAAUGUUCUAGUUGUGGGAAAAGCUUUGCUAGUAUACCAAACCUUAAAACACACUGGAAUAUCCACACAGGGGAGAAACCAUAUGACUGCUUGCAGUGUGGAAAGAGAUUCAGUCAGAGCUCAGCUCUUAGGGUACACCAAAGAACCCACACUGGGGAGAAACAAUAUGAAUGUUUUGAAUGUGGAAAGACGUUUGCAUAUAGUGCAUACCUCAUUGUGCAUCAAAGAAUCCACACAGGAGAGAAACCCUAUAUAUGUUUGGAAUGUGGAAAGAGGUUUAUUGUAAGAUCGUGCCUUGUUAGACAUCAAAAAAUUCAUGCAAAAGAACAACUGUAUCUACUCCACAAGCCUGGAAAUGUCUUCAGCCAUAGCCAGCAGCCAAAAACCCAUACGGCUGAAAAACCAUAUAAAUGUUUAGAAUGUGGAAAGAGCUUUAUCGCUAGCACAAACCUCAUUGGACAUCAAAGUACCCACACAGGUGAAAAGCCAUAUACCUGCCUGGAAUGUGGAAAGAGCUUUAGUCAGACAUCAAGUCUUGCUAUCCAUCGAAGAAUACACACUGGAGAGAAAUUAUAUGAAUGUUCAGAAUGUGGAAAGAAGUUCACAACGAAUGCAAAUUUCAUGAAACAUCAGCUGCUCCACAAAGGGGAAAAACCCUACAAAUGCUUGGAAUGUGGAAGGAGCUUUAGUCUGAGCGAAAGACUUAUGAACCAUCAAAGAAUUCACAAAGAUGUGAAACCUUUUAAAUGCCUGGAUUGUGGGAAAAGCUUCAGUCACAGCGUAAGUCUCAAGAGACAUAAAAAUACACAAACAGGGGAAUGUAAAAAGGGCUUCAAUCAAAACCAAAGCAACCCAAGGACUCAGAACAAGAAGAAACCAUAUCAGUGCCUGGAGUGUCGAAGUUGCUUUAGUCAUAACUCAAACCUCCUUAGACAUCAACCUAAUCCACACAGGGGAGAAGCCAUUUAAAUGCCAGGAAUGUGGAUCUUGCUUCAGCCAACACUCAAACCUUAUGAGACAUGUGCUUAUUCACACUAGGCAAAAACAAUAGAUGGGCUUUGUCCUGGGGAAAUCUCUUGUUCGUGAAUAAAGCAUAAUGCCAUAGAAGUGGUUAAUGGGGUAGCUCUGAAAAUCAAGACAUUGCAGGAAAACAUAUAUUUAUUGGUAUUCUACAAUAUAUUUGUCCUUUUUGUAUUUAUAUUAAAUAUUUGCUAAAAGAGAGAAUGGACAGGAGAACCAAGAGCAUCCGGAAUGGUAUGCUUCAACUCUCCCUGGUUACUUUCAGCUUUCUUAAAAUACAACUGUUAUCUCCACAGUUAAUCAUAUCACUGAUUAAUUUCCAAAUUCAUCUCACCAUUUAAAUUACAAUAAGACAAUAUGCAAAUGUAUUGCAUAAUUUCCUCCUUUUCCUCACACCUGUAUAGAAAGCCAGCCAGCACUGGAAAGAGAAGAUCUUGGAGAAAUGGACAAAUCUGGACUGCAGAGGGGGACCCUUUCAUCUGUGGAAUACUCUUCAGGUGGAUCCUCAUUAUGAUUACCUCAGCCAGCUACUGUACACAGGAGAAACACAGUGUAAAUGCUUGGAAUGUAGAAGGAGGUUUAGUCUGAGUGAAAGGCUAACUAAUUCUCAGAGAAUACACAGAGAGGUAAAACUAUAUAGUUGCCUGGAUUGUGGGAACAGCCCAAUUCAUGCUGCUAGUGCAUUGACUCUAUUUAGCUUGGGGCAACCACCUGCUCCAAUAGAAACAUAGAUUCUCACUUUGAUCAUCUUUGGGAGCUCUACAGGGUGGUUUACCAUCUGAGGUUAGAUGGGCGAUAACUCCUGAAGGAAACAUCGUCUUGGCUGUGGCACUAAAACUAUGGAAUUACUUCCAUACAGAGAUUCUUCUGUCUUCUUACCCAGGGAUGGGAGGCAGGAAAUGCACCCCCAAUUCUGGGCCUGUAUGGACUUGAGUCUUUGUCUACACAGGUUGACGCAGCAUUUUUCCACAAGAUAGUGGGACCCUUGUUCUAAAAAACUACAAAUAAAAAAUAAACUACCAAUGGAUAAAUUGAGGGCAAAACAAGCAGGAAAUGUUAAAGGGUGGUGAUUAAAAUAUGUGCCCAGUUUUUAUUUUAAUGCUCCAAUAUAAGAACAUAAGAACAAGCCAGCUGGAUCAGACCAGAGUCCAUCUAGUCCAGCUCUCUGCUACUCGCAGUGGCCCACCAGGUGCCUUUGGGAAAGUCCUUAUCAAACCAUUAUUAAUCUUUCAUAAUUAAGAUGCCUGAUUAUGUCCUGCUCAUGGCUAGUUCAUAAGGGAGUGGUGUGGAUGUGUGUGCAUAUCUCAAGAAUAACGGGUAGAUUAGACUGAUAAUUCCCUGUU